AUUUUGUGUUUGAUUAUGAUUACUAUUAUAAAAAGCGAUUAUCAUCCCAAAAAAAAAACAAAAAAAAAUCAUAAAAAGUGUAUGAUUUAAUCACGCUAUAUGAAACGUCAUCGUUAAAUGCAUAGCUUGAACCAAAAAACACAAAGGUUGAAGAAAGAAAAGAAACUUUUUAUACGAGUGAGAGUGAGGUACAAUGUUGGGUGACGCCACAAACUGGGACGAAGAUGCAUACAGAGAAACCCUAUUGAAGGAAAGAGAGAUUCAAACACAAACCGUUUUCAGAACAGCUUGGGCUCCAUCUCAAUCUCAAACCCCUAAUCUCAACUCUCUCAUCGUUGCUUCCAGUGACGGUUCCAUCGCCUCUUACUCCAUCCCUUCUACCAUCUCUGCUUCCAAGCUCAAAAAUCCAUUUGGUUUUAUCAAUACUGAUGAGGAUAAUUUAUUGGCUGAGCCAGAUUGCUUCUUUCAAGGGCAUCAUGGACCUGCAUAUGAUGUCAAAUUCUAUGGUGAUGAUGAAAAUGCAUUGUUGCUGAGUUGUGGUGAUGAUGGGCGGAUUCGAGGAUGGAGAUGGAACGAACUUACAAGCUCAAAAUAUAAUAUUUCUUCAGAAGGAAAUGAUAUCAAGCCUAUCCUUGAUGUGGUAAAUCCUCAACAUAAAGGUCCUUGGGGUUCACUUUCACCUCUCCCUGAGAAUAAUGCUAUUGCCAUUAAUACUCAGGUGGGAUCUGUUUUUGCUGCGUCUGGCGAUUCUUGUGCAUAUUGCUGGGAUGUGGAAACUGGUAAAUUAAAAAUGGUAUUCAAGGGUCAUUCUGAUUACUUGCAUUGUAUUGAUGCCCGCAACUCAUCCAAUCAGAUCAUAACAGGUUCGGAGGACGGGACAACACGAAUUUGGGAUUGCAAAAGUGGAAAGUGUGUCCAAGUGAUUGAUCCAGCAAAACAUUUGAAGUUAAAAGGACCUGUUUCAUGGGUUGGCUCUGUUGCUUUAGAUGCAAGUGAGAGCUGGUUGGCAUGCAGUAGUGGACGUAAUAUAUCACUUUGGAACCUUCCUGCUUCAGAGUGCACAUUAAAUUUCUCCACACAAGCCUCUGUACAAGACAUGUUAUUUGACAAUAAUCAGAUUCUGACAGUUGGUGCAGAUCCUAUACUCAAUCGCUUUGACAUGAACGGUGUGAUCCUUUCACAAAUACCAUGUGCUCCUCCGUCAGCUUUUUCUAUCUCCUUACAUCCAGCAGGGGUUAUUGCUGUUGGAGGUUACGGAUGUCUUGUGGAUGUUAUCUCGCAAUUUGGCAGCCACAUGUGUACAUUUCAUUGCCAAUGUCUUUAGCAUAGUUCGCAAUAUAGUCUGAAAAUUCUGACGUGCGGAGUCAAGAGCCAAAAGCCCAAGUUUUCCCACUCAAUGUAUAACAAGAUCAUAUGGAUUUAUAAUGAUUUUGUGGGUUGCUGGUAGAUAGUAUAUAGUUAUUUAUUUUCCUAAGGUUGUAUUUAAGGCAUGCAUGCAGUUAAAAAACAGUGUAUCCAAUAUGCAGAUUUCUAUUUAUUUUUUAAAAUUAUAAAAAUUUACAUGACAAUGGCCCGGCCAACCAUUUCACUCUGA